AUAUAUAUAUAUAUAUAUAUAUAUAUACUGGGCAUUCUCGUCGUCGAGAGGGAAGUUUGGAGGAUUGACUCUUUGUGUGUCUCAAUCGCUGUGAUAUCAUCUCCAUCAUGAAGUUGUUCUCUCUCCUCGGCCUCACGGCUCUGGCCACGGCUGUUCCGGCCCCGGAGCCUGUCAACCCCGGCCCCGGCCACGGCAAGCCUUUUUUCUACAAAGGCCACGACCUGAGCUCCCUCAAGAUGCUCGAGGAGAACCAAAACAUCUACAUCGACACGGCGCGCGGCAACGCGACGCGUCCCGCCGACGACAUCCUCGCCGACGGCGGCAUGAACGCAGUCCGCCUCCGCCUGUGGGUGAACCCGCCCGACGGCACCUACGGCCUAAACUACACCAUCGACCUCGCCAAGCGCUUCCAGGCCAAGGGGCAGCGCAUCUUCUUGGACUUCCACUUUGCGGAUAGCUGGGCCGACCCGCAGAAGCAGCCGCUGCCCGCGGCGUGGCCUACGCAGCUGGAGCCUCUGGCUGGUACGCUGCGCAACUACGUCCGCGAGACGCUUGUUGCUUUCAAGAAUGCCGGUGUGACGCUGGAUAUCGUCUCGUUGGGCAACGAGCUUCGCCACGGUACCUUGUGGCCUCUGGGUCAGGUUUCCGUCGACGUGCAGCCGUGGUCUGCGCUGGUGAAGAACUUUACCAACUUUGCGACGCUGUACAAGGCUGCGCGGGCGGGCGUGAAAGACGCGACGUGCGCGGGCGUGCCCAAGCCCGAGAUCAUGAUCCACCUCGACAACGGCUGGAACCUGACGCUGCAGGAGCGGUGGUACGGCGCGCUCGUCGAUAACGGGGUUCCGGUGUCGGCGUGGGAUAGCUUCGGGUUCAGUUUCUACCCCUUCUACGGCACGUCGGCGACGUUUGCGAACCUGAAGAACACGCUCAAGGUGUUGGGUGAGAAGUACGGCAAGCCGAUGCAGGUUGUGGAGACGGAUUACCCUGCGAUUUGCAACGGGCAGUGGAACCCGAUUCCGGAGAGCUCGGAGCCGAGUAUCCCGUAUAAUGUUGAUGGACAGGUGCAGUGGAUGAAGAAGCUGCUCAAGACUGUGAGGGAGACGCCCAAGGGUCUUGGACAGGGUGUUUGGUACUGGGAGCCUGCGUGGUUGAACAACACGAGCUUGGGAAGUGACUGCAACGACGCCGUCUUGUUUGAGCCGGAUUACAGCCAGUGGCCCAAGACGUUUGGGUACUCGCGCUCGUCUGUCAACGUCUACUUGGAGAAGUAGGCCAGUGCGUGGCACAAGGUCUAGGUUGGAGAGUUGCGGUCUGGACUUUGGAUAGCUUGCCCUCGAGCAAUGGCACGAGAGCAGUGGUCGCAAGCGGCAAGGGGAUAUCACUGCUGCUUGAGUCAGAAUAGUUUCGAUGCUAAUGAUAAUCUAAAAAUACCCAAAGGUUACGGAAUACAAUUUGAGUUUGGCGGUCUC